UGAAAUGCAUUGUGAUCACCUAGUUUCUAACACUAAAUGUUAAAAAAAUGCAACUACCCCAUAAAAUAAAGGCAGCAAAAAUAGACUGGGUGUGAGAUUGAAGAUUUUCAUUGGUAACAUUCAAUUUGUCCGAUGCAAAAGGUAAUAUGUCCCUGCUGUUUGAUUGACAUGUUUCAUGUCUUUAUGCAACACAUGAUGCACAGUAACACGUUAAGAGCAAAAAAAUUCAGCAAAUAAAUGCAGUGCAAUUUGCAUCACUUUGGCCUCCAUCUCCUGUCGUACAUUCCCUUUCUGGUUGGUGUAAUUAUUAUUUGUUUGGCCUUUUGUUAAUUUGUUAAUUUUGUUUUAAUGCAGUAAAGUGUUUUGGACUUUUGGGCCACUGUAGCCUCUUACCCAAGAUCAGCUGGGAUCAGCUCAUGUUGGCCCUUUACCCUGCAGUGACGAGGAGCCUCCUACUCUACUUAAAGAAAUUAUUGGUAUUGGUAGCACACAUUAUUUUAUUGUGCCUUUUAAAUGAGCCGAUUUACUUUUUCUAUAAGUAAUUUUAAAGUACUGGUUUAAAGUUAAACAUCUGACUCUUGCAUAUGUGAGAGUGUUUUAUUAGAUAUAAUGAAAGUGCAUGUCAACAAGUCCUUGUCAGUUAUAAGUUCACGUGUUGUUUUUGAAAAUACUAUUCCUCUGUGAGCUAUCCAGCGACCAUGUGUUCUUCCUUUCCAUGCCUGCCAGUUUCCUGUCAACUUCCUCUGUCUUUUCAGACCACAGGUUCUGCUCUACAGCUGCUGACCUUUAUUUCUCUCCUUCAGUGGUUCUGACAAGGCCACAAGCUCUACCGGUGGCCCUGAUGAAGCCGAAAGCUACUUCAGUGGCUCCGACGAAGCCGCCUGCUCCCACAGUGGCUCUGACGCCGUCGCCAGCUCUACCAGUGGUUGUUAUGACGCCAAAAGCUCCUCCAGUGGCUCCGACGAUGUCGCCUGCUCCCCCAGUGGCUCCGACGAUGCCACCAGCUCUACCAGUGGUUCUGACGACGACGCAUGCUCCCUCACAGGGUCUGUUGACGUUGCCUGCUCCCCCAGUGGGUCUGACGAUGCCACCUGUUCCUCAAGUGGGUCUGACAACGCUGGUUACUCUGCCAUUGAGUCUGACCACGUCGCGUGCUCCUCAAAUCCGCCUCCUCGUCGGCCUCCAAAUCACUUUAAAAAUACAUCCGAAAAAAGACUAACAAUACUGUAACCUGUGUAAUGACAAAGCUGUAGCAACAUUGUUAUGGCAAGAGCAAACACUGAGGGAACAGUACUAACACAUCGCCUUGCAACGACAUGCUAUGGUAUUAGCUGUAAGAUAGCUACUGCAUCAACAGCUAAGGGGCUUUUGAGUUUGUAAUGCACAACACAAUGUGAUAGGACACCAAUCUAUACUGCCUGAAAAACAUGAACAAUCAUAAUACAAUAUCUGUAAAGUGUUAGUCUACAUUUCAUGUUUCGUUUGUACACAGCUUGCUCAACAGUGUAUCAUGUUGUAAUAAAACGCACGACGUGCUGCAUGUA